UUCUUUCCUAGAAAACGAAGUUGGAUGGUUCUGGUUAAAGGGCAACGGAAGGCGCGAUAUCAUCAAUUUGCGCGAUCAAAUUUGCAUGGAGAAGGUCAUUACGCCGUGUGUGUAUUUGCGCUUUUACACUUCAAUGUAUUCUUCACUUUUUCCCCUUCAAGCGGCUCUAUCAAACUAACUUUUAAUAUUUAGAAACCAACGAAAAAUUAACAAAAUUGAAUUAUUUUUUUCAGAGUGAGAACAAAUGCUAUUGGCAGUGUGCUCUUAGACGGAUGCAAGAAGCCAACGCCAAAUGUCCAGGACGAUCGCGAACGGAAAUUAUCGAUGGAAGGCAUCGAAUGAUAUCUUGCACAGAGCACAACCACAUGCCAGAUCCACUACGAGCCGAAACUACUCGGUACAGAGUUGCCCUCAAGCGCAAAGCUUUAGAAGGAAACGAACAGCCGGAAAAAAUAAUACGUUUGUGUGCCGCACAGUUUCCAGUGGAGGUACAAACAACUAUGUCCAAAUUAGCACAGAAAAGGCAAUGCCAGCGACAACGCCAUAGGGGCCACCUGCCAGUGGAUCCGGCCGAUUAUGAUGAAAUCGAAGAAAAUUUCACAAAAACUUUCGAUGGUCGGGAGUUUUUGUUGAAAAAUAUUACAAUUGGAGAAGGUCGUCUAAUGAUUUUUACGACUAUAGCAAAUUUGACGAGGCUGAGUCAGGCGAGCAUAUUUGUGCUAAAUGGCACAUUUUCCUCCUCCCCGAAAAACUUCCGACAGGUUUUCACGAUCCACGGAUCCAUAGGGUAUGGAAGAUACCGGAUAUUUUUGCCACUAGUACAAAUGCUUCUCCCUGACAAAGCCGAGUCAACAUAUCGGAAAGCUCUUAAAUUGGUAAAAACUGCCGCUGUCGAUAAUGGGAUUGCUCUUAGACCCUCCAUUGUGCUAACAGACUUUGAGGCUGCUGAGAUAAAGGCCGUAUCAAAAGUUUUCCCUGAUGCGACACAGUUUGGUUGCUACUUCCACCUAACAAAAAAUUGGUGGAAGCGUUUGAAAAAAAGUGGACUAAGUGGUGAAUAUACGAAGAGCGUAAGGAUGCAGAUGGCGUUCCGACAAGCCCAAGCCUUAGCCUUCUUGGAUCCGCAAGAUGUGCCUGAAGGCUUGGGCAUUGUCCGAGCAUCAGCGCCACAAUCGAUGACGCCAUUUUUUGAUUAUAUUGCCAAAAAUUAUGUGUUUGGGAGGAGGAGCAAUCGACAUCUGCUGAAUAUUUGCGGUAUCUACAAGGAGAAGCCACUGCCAGGCGUCGUUGCAAAAAGGUAG